UGUGUGGCGUAUACCGUACCUCUCACAACACCAGCAGCAAUGACGUAUUCCAGUGAAUCUGGAUUCAACAUGUAUUCAACUUGUGCACCAGUUGACGGUGGUGUCAGCGCUUGGGGCCAGUGGACAGGACAGCUUGCACUCAGACCUGUGGGCCCUCGCACACUAUAAUGAAAAGCCGGACUAGAACCUGUACCAACCCGGCUCCAGAUAAAGGCGGAGCUAACUGCUCAGAGAGUCUCUCGGAAACUGGCGACAUCAACUGUGGUCUAUCUGAAUGCCCAAUUGACGGAGGUGUGAGCGCCUGGGGAUCGUGGGGCACGUUGGUAUGUUCACAGACAUGCGGCAUCCCGGCCACAGGAACCAGGACUCGAACCCGAUCCUGCACCAACCCUGCUCCAGCUCACGGAGGAGCGGACUGCUCUGAGUCUCUUACAAGCACCACCAGUGAGAAUUGUGGCUUCUCACCGUGCCCAGUAAACGGUGGAGUCAGCAGCUGGAGCUCUUGGAGUGGCUCCUGUACACAAACCUGUGGCACAUCUCAUACUGUUUCCAAAACCCGUAGUCGAACCUGCACGAAUCCAUCUCCAGCUUACGGUGGAUCUUCCUGUACGGAGACUCUUUCAGAAACGUCUGUCUUCAACUGCGGCCUGCCUUCAUGUACAGUUGACGGAGGUGUGAGCGCCUGGGGAUCGUGGGGCACGUUGGUAUGUUCAGAGACAUGCGGCGUCCCGGCCACAGGAACCAGGACUCGAACCCGAACCUGCACCAACCCUGCUCCAGCUCACGGAGGAGCGGACUGCUCUGAGUCUCUUACAAGCACCACCAGUGAGAAUUGUGGCUUCUCACCGUGCCCAGUAAACGGUGGAGUCAGCAGCUGGAGCUCUUGGAGUGGCGCCUGUACACAAACCUGUGGUACAUCUCAUACUGUUUCCAAAACCCGUAGUCGAACCUGCACGAAUCCAUCUCCAGCUUACGGUGGAUCUUCCUGUACGGAGACUCUUUCAGAAACGUCUGUCUUUAACUGCGGCCUGCCUGCAUGUACAGCAACACCACCAAACUUUGGCACCUGCAGCACCACCUGUUCUGGGACAAACGUUGUCUGCAAUAACGGAUAUUGUGUGUGCAGCAUCAUGUACAUCAAACUUGGCAGCAGUUGUGUCCAGGGUUGCGGUUCAGCUGGAUAUGGAUCAGGCUUCACUCUCUUUAACGACAAAGUGCUCAAUGGUUACAACGACAGGGUUGUCGAGUCCAUUCAAACAGCAGCGGCCUGCAUGAGUCUGUGCCUGUCAGAAUCAGGCUUUACUUGUGUAACUGCUGACUAUCAGCAUCAAUCGAAAACAUGUUACCUCAGCAAACUGGCUUGGUAUAAUGCACCAUCCAGCUCCGGGGUCAGUAGCACCGUCUAUCACCAGAUUAUCCGUAAUUGUGCUUAAAAAGCAUCAAAUGAAAGGUCACGAUUAUUCUGUGCGUAAAACUGCGACCGUCGAAUGGUUCUUAUGAUGUUCGGCUGAGAUUUCAGCUAGAUCAGGUAACAUUAUCUGCACACGGAAAAAUUGUUCCAGAGACGUUUCAAUAAUAAAUCAUUGCAGGGAACAGAACAGUGAGUGAUCUUAAACGCCGACUUCAAGAGAAUUCAGUUAUAAUGAUGGCUUUUUGUUUGAGGAGAGAACCCGUAAAUGUGGAUCAUAGUUGUCUGGCAAAACCAGCACGCAUCGUUGGUAUGCUGUUUGAUUUUUAUGUGUUUUAAUAAACGAAAGCUCGUAAAAAGAGGAGACCGUUGGCAGCGACUAUCAUAGUUCAUGGUUUGACGUUGUUACCACCAAAGGAUAUGCACAACUUACUGUUUCUGGCCAUCAGUUUACUCUUCUGACAUCACGGCAGUUUCAUUUUUCGGUGUCAUAUUGUCUGAAUUAUCUCACAGCAGAUUCUUUCUCUAGCAUUCUCCAACAACCACCGAGCUUAAAAGACAAUUUACAAUUCUUGAGAAGUGUUUAAACCAUCACAAAAGCUUUAAUCAGACCAAAUCUUUGAAGGGCUUUUAGAAGUGGAAUGCAUAAGAACAGCAAGAUUUAUGGAUGUCAACUUCUUUAUUGUGAAUAACACGACGUUUCGGAGUGUAUGCUUGCUCCUUCAUCACCUGAUGACAUCCAUAAAUCUUGCUUUUCUUUAAUCAGAACGUUGGAACACAAUACUCUCGGCGUGUGUUACUGUGGAGUGAAACGUCUUAUUGGACACAAGAUAUUAAGACCUUAUUCAAAUAUGUCUCUCUUGUUUGGCUUCUAUUUAUUCAGUGAUAUCACUCUCCCAUACUUUAUAACCGUCGAUGAUUUCCCAUGACAACGACUGAGUUAACUGGCUAUCAGGAUUUAUCACCAAUAUUAAAGCUCCAAAUUAUGACAAAAAUGACAAGACCCUUUCCAUAUCCAGAGGCCUCGACUGUACGAUUCCGCCUGCGUUAUGAAUCACGACCAGACAGUUAAUAUGAUACCAAGGGGUCGCCAAAAGCUGACUUGGAGCGUGCCCCGGACAUCAUUUCCGUGGUUGAUAUUGUGUUCAUAUUUUCUUUCCGAAAAGCACCACAUCAAAUUUUAUUUUAUUUUAGGUGUAGACCGUUGCCGCCAGAUUUCACCAAAUUCUGAUGAUAUGUUAGUAAUUACAACUCAUUAUCUGAAUGAGGCUCAUGAUUGUUAUAUAUUUAUUGGUAUUGUUGUCCUGCAUAAAAUGUUACCUUUGUACUGUGAAGUAUACAAAAGCAUAUUGUUGUAUGCACUGAGCUAGUGAAUGAGUAUGUGUCUGUGUGAGAUAAAGUUUAAUACUGUUCAGACUAUUUCAGUAUUACUACAGUCCUCAACGUGAAGCAUGUUGUAAAUGUCUACCUCUAUAAAUUGCACAUUCUCUGAAUCCUGCAGCAGAUGACACAAAUUCCCUGUCCGUGGAUUUCCAUCUGUAUUGUACAAUGUCAUUCCUAUUCACGUAAUGUGUCCGCUGUCGAAAAUACAUUGUAACUGUACGCUCAAGAUGAAUAAAUGUUAU